ACAAACACUAUUAAAGAGAGUGGCAACUAGCAGGCACUCAAGCAACAACAAAAGAAAACUAUCAAAGUUGUUGAAGAACUGAAGGGACUGCACAUUGUUCAUUAGAAGAAAGUUGAAAACUCCCUCUGCAGCUUUACCUAUCACUUUGCCUCUUCUCAUCAAUGCCUGUCCUUGUCUUUUAUCACAGAUGAGUGACUCAUCCACAUACAAAUCAUCCAUGGAGUUUGACCUUGAAAACCCUUUAGAAAACCUCCAAGACCUCCACUCUGAUGCUCUCUCCUCCCUCUUCCUUAUUGAAUCUGACCACAUCCCACAACAAAGCUUCUUUCAGAUUCUCAAAGCAAGAGAUCUUGACAUAUCUUCUAGAACAGAAGCCAUCUCUUUAAUCUCACAGUUAUCCUGCACUUGGGAUCCAAUUUUGUCUUACCUUGCCAUCAAUUAUUUCGACCGGUUCCUGGUCAAUCAAGGGAUAUUGCAACCAAAGCAAUGGGUCCUCAGGCUUAUUUCAAUCUCAUGCUUUUCUUUAGCUGCCAAGAUGAUGAAAACAGAGUACUCUGCUUCUGAUUCCCAGGCCCUUAUGUCACAAUGUGAUGGUGGCAUGAUAUUUGAGAAGCAAGCAAUACAGAAAAUGGAAGCACUCGUUUUGGGAGCUCUAAAAUGGAGAAUGCGCUCGAUCACCCCCUUCUCUUUUCUGGCUUUCUUCAUUACACUGUUUAAGCUCAAAGACCCAUCCAUGGAAACUGUCCUGAAAAACCGAGCAGCUCAAAUCAUUUUCAAGUGCCAAAGAGAAAUAAGGUUCUGGGAAUUCAAGCCAUCUAAUGUUGCUGCAUCAGCACUUCUAAGCGCUUCUCAUGAGUUGUUUCCUCUUCAAUAUCCAUGCUUCUUAGCAGCAUUAUCUGAAUGUUCAUACGUGAAUAAAGAAAGCGUGCUGCAGUGCUAUAGUGUGAUACAAGAUAUGGCUACAGGUGAGGAGAAUGGGUAUGUUUUCAAUGCGGUUCCAAGUUCAGACACACCAGUUAAUGUGUUGGACCAUCAUUUUCUGAGUUCAGAGAGUGAAAAAACCACCGAAAUCUCCAUUGCUGUUUUUCCUCAGAGAGGGAAAAUCACUGCAUCUAGUAACGAUUCAAUGAGUCAGAACACUCAGAUUAAACAAUGCUGAAAGUAGGGAUUAUGUAAUAGGAUCUUGAUCUAGUUAACAAGAAAAAUUGAAAAAUGGGACAAGGAAAGAAAAUGAUGGAUAUCUUUCUGGGACAAAAUGGUUGUAAUAGGAUCUUGGCACGACCCUCCCUCGUUACAUUAAAGGGACUGACAUGGGAAGAUAAAAUGCUUGGAUUUAUGUUUUCUUAAAGACCAAACAAAAUGACAA